AUGAAUGAAACUCCUAGUAAAGAGUAAAUGGAACUGAGGAACAAUGUUACAGAAUUUAUCCUCCUGGGUCUCACUAAGGAUCCCACUGUGCAAAAAGCAUUGUUUGUUGUGUUUUUACUCAUCUACAUUGUGACAAUGGUGGGCAACCUGCUCAUUGUUGCAACAGUGAUUGCCAGCCCUGCUUUGGACUCACCAAUGUACUUCUUCCUUGCCUAUCUGUCAUUCAUGGAUGCUGUUUUCUCCACUGCCAUCUCACCCAAGUUACUUGCAGAUUUACUCUGUGCUAAAAGGACAAUCUCAUUAUCAGCUUGCUUGCUCCAGAUCUUUGUAGAACACUUAUUUGGUGGUGGUGAUGCCCUGCUUCUGACAGUGAUGGCCUAUGAUCGUUAUGUGGCCAUCUGUAAGCCACUGCACUAUUUGGUCAUCAUGAAUCACCGGGUUUGUAUCCUCCUGUUGGUUGUAUCCUGGAUUGUAGGGUUUACACAUUCUCUGGUUCAAAUUAUAUUAGUGUACAACCUUCCUUUCUGUGGCCCUAAUAUUAUUGACCAUUUUCUCUGUGAUAUGUACCCAUUACUGGGACUUGCAUGUGGUAACACAUACUGGGUAGGGCUGACCGUUGUUGCCAAUGGUGUAUUACUCUGUUUGGUAGCCUUUGUCCUUCUCCUAUUCUCCUAUGGCAUUAUUCUAAGAUCCCUUAGAAGUCACAGUCAGGAAGGGAGGCGCAAAGCCCUGUCCACCUGCAGCUCCCACAUCACUGUGGUGGUUCUCUUUUUUGUUCCCUGCAUUUUUGUGUAUGUUAGACCUGUGUCUAACUUUGCAAUUGACAAAUUCAUUACUGUUUUUUAUGCAGUUUUCACACCCAUGUUGAAUCCUUUAAUAUAUGCUUUAAGAAAUUCAGAGAUAAAAAGUUCUAUGAAAAAACUCUGGUGUAGAAUGUUAUGUACACAUAGAGUAAACAUAUUCUGUUGCUAA